UAUGCGUACAGUCGAGUCACUGACAGGUACGGGGAGGAGCCAAUUUUGAUUGACAAUCAGCACACUGUCAUCGGAAACACUGGCACGACGCAUGCACCCGAGGUCAAACGAAUGCAUUGUUUGGCAGCAGUUGAAAUCUACACUCUUCAAAUACCAUAUCCAGUCAUGUUUCAGAUCAUCCAAUAGACUGAUAUCAUAAGUUUUCCAAAGCCUUGGUGACUAUCGCUGUCAACUCAUGCAUGAAAGGAAAGCAUUUCUUUUUGUUUUGGUCAAUAAAUUGCAGUUGUUUGCCCUGUUGAAUUUUGAAAUUCUAUUCUCUCUGCAAUUCAAAUUUUUUUUCACAGUCAAGAGCCUUUGAAAUGAGUUCAGCCUCUAUGCACUGUGAUUCAUAACGUGGACCCAUUCUACACUGUGACUACUGCUGUAAGUGCCGUCUCAUGUAAAAUCUGUUUGGACCUGCACUUUGCCGUGUGAAUGCAAGGAUGGAGAAUCUGAAGCUGUAUGUGCUGUUCUCAACGGAUGGUGCACCACAAGAGAUACCAUUUGCAGCCAGCGAUGAAGCCGAUCACUUUCACAUUGAAAGCAGCAGAGAGCAGCAUGGGUUUGAAGGCACCGUUCCUCUUCCUCUGCCCAAGUUUCUCCUCAUUUUUGCUUUGGGCGAGUGGCCUCAGGACAAUCACUUUCGGCACAUGUCUGCUGAGAUACACUUUGGCAAAGACCUCGAUCCAUUCCAUGUUGGUACACUGUCCAAAGAUAACAGAUCUGUGUGUUGGCAAGGCACUUGGAGAGAGGAUCUGCAAGUCCGAGGGAUGCUGAUGUCCGAGGAGGGACUGACGGGCCUUCUUGUCAUCACUCCAGGUAAGCCAGAUCGAGAAGGUUGACUUCCAGGAUUAAUGGGGACAUUCAGAGAUGAGGUCAGAAGGAAAACUAGGGGGAAAAUCUUUCAGAGAGUAUGUAUGUGUUCCAAGCUGAGUGCUUUACUCAGCCGAAUGGGUCUUUGCUCUCGAAGAAAUAUUAAAAUGGCAGAACAAACUUUCAAGGUUUGGUGUUCAAAAUAGAGUAAUUUAU